UCCAGGCAAGAAGUGCUGCACCAGUCAAAGGCCCUAUGUACUGGUUUAAUUCUUUCCAUAAACCGCGGUUGGCCCACAGCACGAAACUCACGAAAUUGACCGGUACAAACCCCGUAUAUAAAGCCAGCGUACAAGAUACGUCACCAAACCACUCGGUCACAGAAGAAGACAUAUUAAUUUUGCAUUUUUGUAACUGACGGAUAGGACGAAACGAGAGAGUUAAAAUGUAUCUUCUCAGACUUGAGAUUGUUCUUACAUUGUUCGUCUGCCAAGCCUGUACCAGCACAUUCGCUCAGACCGGGUCGCCUGUUACACAAAAACCUGGAUCAAAACCUGAGCCAAACGGCUGCACCUUUGAAGACGGCGCUUGUGUCUAUAAAUUCCAACUGUCACACAACCAGGGUCUUUGUGGCAACAGCGGCCAAGCCACGGCCGCCGGUUCCGAGUCCCAGGACGUCGUCUCCAAAUUGGGCGACGCCUCUGCUGCGAUUUUGAAGCUUCAGGCGCAGCAGGAUCGCACUGAGGGGCAGGUGAAAGAAUUACAUGAAAUGGUGAAUGGUUUAACAAGAAUAAUUGAAGCCGAAAGACGGAACAACACCAAACUUAACCACAUAGAAACUCUGGUGACUAAUCUACAACAGACCCUUCAGUCGCAGUCGUCUCUCGUGCUGAAACUUUCUGGACAACAACAGGGUCUUUCAACCGAUCUCCAACUGACAAAAGACGAAAACAAACGCCUUGCAGCCGAUCUCAAGACUGCAAAACUGAUGCUGAACGAAAUGCGGAACAAAACAGAGACAGACAAGAUAGCCUUUGCCGUUGGACGGUCGAAGUCGCAAAACCUGGUGGCAUCAACUACAGACAUCAAAAUCACGUUUGACAAGAUUUUCAGUAACCACGGAAGCAACUUCGACGCUGCCAAUUCCUUGUUCCGCGCGCCAGUUGCUGGUGCCUACAUGUUCACCAUGACAAUGCUGUCCAACCAUGGUUCCGCGGGCCGCGUGUAUCUUAUUCGCAAUGGUGCAUACGAAACAGAAAUGUUUGGGUAUGAUACUGUCGACGCUGCAACCGGAACCAACCAAGUUAUCCUCGAUUUGAAGGCUGGAGACGAGGUUUGGCUGAAGUUAGCGAAAGGACAUGCCAUACACGGAAAUGGAGCUAGUGUGUACUUCACUUUUACCGGUCAUUUGCUUUUCACGAUUUAAUGGAAGGAUGCAGCGUGAGAUGAAUUACCUAACGAUCAUAUGGGCAGGAGAUCUUACUGAUUAAAUUGGAUGACUUGGUUUACCUAACGAUGAUAUGGGCAUGAGAUCAUACUGAUUUAAUAUUAGCAUUAAUUAUUGUAUUUCAAUCUUGAAAAUAUUAUAUGCGAUAUGAUUACAUUUUCAAAAUGUGCCAGCGAAACACUACACAUGGGUUGAUUACCACCCCCUAUCAAUAUCAUGUUAUUAAAGGCGGGGUCG